AUGCCGAAGAGAAGAGAUAUUCUUGCCAUUGUGUUAAUCGUGUUACCUUGGACUCUGCUUAUCACUGUGUGGCACCAGAGCGCCAUCGCCCCCCUCCUCGCUAUCCGAAAGGACGCUGGAGCUGGUGAAGGCAGACGUGAUGCAGGAAGCCAAACGAGCAACUCAAAGGAGUUCUGCUCCUCUGAUAAGGACAUAGUGGAGGUAGUGCGCACCGAGUAUGUGUACACACGGCCGCCUCCAUGGUCCGAUGCCCUGCCUACCAUCCAUGUCAUCACACCAACCUACAGUCGGCCAGUGCAGAAGGCUGAGCUCACUCGGCUCGCCAACACCUUCCUGCACGUCCCUAACCUGCACUGGAUCCUGGUGGAGGACGCACAGAGGAGGACACCGUUGGUCACACGUCUACUGAGGGAGACGGGCCUCAACUACACACAUCUGAACGUCGAGACGCCUCGCAACUACAAGCUCCGAGGCGAUGCAAGGGAUCCCAGGAUCCCGCGGGGAACCAUGCAAAGGAAUUUGGCUCUCCGGUGGUUACGGGAGACCUUCAGCCCCAACAGCUCUCAGUCAGGCAUUGUCUACUUCGCUGAUGAUGAUAACACCUACAGCCUGGAGCUCUUUGAAGAGAUGCGCUCUACGCGUAAGGUGUCUGUCUGGCCCGUAGCUUUUGUCGGAGGUUUGCGCUACGAGUCCCCCAAGGUCAACGCUGCUGGUAAGGUAUACGGAUGGAAAACAGUGUUUGAUCCUCACCGGCCUUUUGCUAUUGACAUGGCCGGAUUCGCCAUCAACUUGCGGCUCAUCCUGUUCAAACCACAAGCCUAUUUCAAACUGCGGGGGGUCAAGGGGGGCUACCAGGAGAGCAGCCUGCUGCGAGAACUCGUCACUCUCAACGACCUGGAACCGAAAGCUGCUAAUUGCACUAAGAUUCUCGUGUGGCACACAAGGACGGAAAAACCUGUCCUGGUGAACGAAGGCAAGAAAGGCUUCACAGAUCCAAAUGUGGAAAUCUGA